CAGCCCCUACACUAGUUUAACUCAUUCGUAAUUUGACCAGCAUCCAAAUUAAAACCUAUUUUUUUUUUGAACAAAAAAAAAAAUUUUUCCUGUUUUUUUUUUAAUGAAUGCAAAAUUUUUGUUCAGAGCUGUAAAUACCUAAAAAUCCGAUAAUGUGUUCUCCAUGUGGACCAUGUAGCCCCUGCGAUCCGUGCUGUGGACCCUUUGAGUGUUCGCCAAAAUGUUACAAUGCAGCACAAUUGGAGGCACUGCCACAGUGUGCACCGCGGAUACCGCCGCCAUUUCCAAAAUGCAUCACCGUACAACAGCCGCCACGUUUGAUCUGCAAGAAGCGGGUCGUGUUUACCGAGAAAAUAGUGCCAGAGCCUAUGGUCGUGAAUCGAUGUCGUCAAAUAACUAUACCAAAAGUCGUUGAUGCGACGCGCGUCAUAAAGGUGCCCAAACUGAUUUGGGUAUCGCAGAUGGUGCGCGAACCGCGAGUUAUAUAUUACCCAUCAAUGAUACCCGAUCCGUAUGUUGUCUGCUAUCCGAAACGUGUAUGCGAGCCGAGAGAGGUCUGCCAGUCGAUAUUGUGCCAGCCGAAGCCACAGACUAUCGAUAUACCGCCGCCAAGAGAGUACUGCUGCUAUCCCAAUGGACCGAUUAAUUAUAAGCCAAGUGCCGCCUGUCCGCCCUGUCCGAUCGGACCCUGUGCACCUGGCGGCGCUUGUUGUCCAUUGCCUUGCUUCUCAACCAAUCAGUAUCCAGUUUGUGAGACACGCUGCGGACCAUGUGGACCGGGUGGUCCGUGUGGUCCAUGUGGUCCAUGUGGUCCAUGUGGUCCCUGCGGUCCUUGUGGCCCGUGUGGUCCAUGUGGCCCAUGUGGCCCUUGUGGUCCAUGUGGUCCUUGUGGUCCUUGUGGACCCGGCGGCCCUUCCGGACCUGGCUGCUGGUGUCCCUGCGGUAGCCUCUAAAUUUCAGAAACUAGUCAUAUGGACUCGGCGAAGCUCAUUUCAUUUUGUACCCUUUGCCCAUCUAUGUAUGUAUAUAUAUGUGUAUAUAGGAAACAAGAGGUGCCCACGAAAUAAAACAUUCUCGCUUAUGAUCCCGGGUUAAA